AUGGCUGCGGCGGUGGUUCCUCGGGGGCGACGGUGGGAAGAGCCCCGCGCGCUGGGCCGGGCGCUGAGGCUGCUGAAGCUCCUGGAAGAGCAAUGCGGGGACCCCCGGAUGGCCUUGAGUCCCCCCUCGCUGCGGGACCUGCUGCCCCGCACAGCGCAGCUACUGCGAGAAGUGGCGCAAGCUCGGCGGGCGGCCAGCGGAGGCGGCCCCGAGGGUCCCGGCGGCGCCGGGGACUUUCUCGUCGUCUACCUGGCCAACCUGGAGGCCAAGAGCAGACAGGUGGCGGCGCUGCUGCCACCCCGGGGCCGAAGGGGCUCCAACGACGAGCUCUUCCGGGAGGGCUCCAGACUCAGGCGACAGCUGGCCAAGCUGGCCCUCAUCUUCAGCCACAUGCAUGCAGAACUGGGUGCGCUCUUCCCGGGGGGAAAGUACUGCGGACACACAUACCAGCUCACCAAGGCCCCCGCCCACACCUUCUGGAGAGAGCACUGUGGAGUCCGGUGUGUGCUGCCCUGGACCGAGUUUGAGUCACUCCUGUGCACCUGCCACCCUGUGGAAGCAGGCUCCAUGGCCCUGGCCUUGCGCUCCACUAUUGACCUCACCUGCAGUGGUCACGUGUCCAUCUUCGAAUUUGACAUCUUCACCAGGCUCUUCCAGCCAUGGCCGACACUCCUCAGGAACUGGCAGCUCCUGGCAGUCAACCACCCAGGCUACAUGGCCUUCCUCACAUAUGAUGAGGUCCAAGCACGCCUGCAGGCCUGCAGGGACAAGCCAGGAAGCUACAUCUUCCGGCCCAGCUGUACUCGCCUGGGGCAGUGGGCCAUUGGCUACGUGAGUGUAGAUGGCAGCAUCCUGCAGACCAUCCCUCCCAACAGACCUCUGUUCCAGGUGCUCCUGGAAGGAAGAAAGAACGGCUUCUACCUCUACCCAGAUGGGAAGAACCACAACCCAGACCUGACUGAGCUGUGCCAGACAGAGCCCCAUCAGCGCAUCCACGUGUCAGAGGAGCAGCUGCAGCUGUACUGGGCCGUGGACUCCACAUUUGAGCUCUGCAAAAUCUGUGCUGAGAGUAACAAGGACGUGAGGAUCGAGCCAUGCGGGCACCUGCUCUGUAGCCGCUGCCUGGCUGCCUGGCAGCGUUCGGAUAGCCAGACCUGCCCCUUCUGCCGCUGCGAGAUCAAGGGCCGAGAAGCCGUGAGUAUAUAUCAAUUCCAAGAGAAACCAGCAGAAGCCAGCGUCACUGCUAAGGACCUAGGGGACAGCAGUGACCAGGAAGAUGGGGAGUUGGAGCAGGGGCAGGCGGCCCCCUCACCUCCUCCACUGCCCCCGCGGCUAGACCUGUCCCCCAGGAGACCCACAAGUGAAUUCCAGCUGCAGGUGGCACCUUUGGCCCUUCCAAGACUUCGCACCCCCCUUCCCUUGCCAAGAAUUGGGACUGUGGCCUCAGCGCCGUGGGAAAUCACCUCCAGGCUCCAGGCCAGGGAGGGGGCCACAGAAAACUCCUAAAGGGAAACACCCCUCCAGCUGCCCGAUGAGGCCCGUGAUCACUGCCCAGGCCUGGAGGCUAGGGCACCAAGAUGUGCUGCUAAAGGGAGCCCCAGGGGCUGGAAGGGGUUUGUGAAGCAGAAAUAAACUGCCAAGCCUGA